AUGUUUGAAAAUCUUUGGUGUAAUAAAUUAAUAAGAUACUCUUACCAUACUUUACAGAAUCUCAGCGUAUUUGGAGGGAGAAUUUGAUUAUAUUCACACAAAAACAGCAGCAGCAGCAGCAGCACAGACACUUAAAAAAACCAAAAUGAAACCCUAGAAAAAACUUCUACUUUUUCAGAUCUUUCAAAGAUCUUUCCUUUUUUUUUUUCAUUCUCUACUACAUCCUGCAAAACCCAUUUACCCCCAUUUCAUUAUUCAAUCCAUUCGUCUUCUUCUUGUUGUAGUAGCAGUGGGUCUGGUAUUGUGCUAGAAGACCACAAAAGGAGACAGAUUUUACAAGGUUCUGUAUGUUAAUUGUCUUGAGAUCGAGGCGUCCUUAACAAUUAUAAUUUUGGUUUUAAGGUUUUACGAAAGGUAGAAUUUAAGACGGCUAUUGAAACAAUCAUCUGUAGGUGUAAUGUAUGAGUAAAUUGAGGUGUUUGGGUAAGUAUAGAAUUGGAUUUGCACAGUGACUAGAUCAGUCUUCUAAGCUUUGAGGGGAAAAUGUCGAUGGUUAGUGUUGAACCAAGUGAGCUUCACUGGAAGAAGGAACUUGUUUCUCUUCGUAAAGCAGCAAGGAUUUUGCGUGACCCAGAGACUAGUUGUUCAUUGAGGUCACCUUCGAGUUCUAGAUCUUCAUUUGUAGCUUCUCGAGAGAAGUGGGUUAAAGGAGCCCCAGGAAACUCUAGUCGAAUAAGCUCUGGAGGGUAUCCUGAGGUUGGGUCUCACUUAUCUUUGCAACGCGAUGAAACUCCUAAAAUGGUGUCGUUAUACAACUGGAGGUUUCCAACUAACAAUUCGAGUGAAAGCAGGGUGAAGUUAGAUGGGAAAGAUAUGUUAUCAGACUCUGAAAGUGUAAAUGAUAGCCUGAACAAUGCUCACGAUGAAGAUUCCAAGAGUGAGACAUAUCUCGACAAUCCUCGAAUGCUUUUUAAAGCCAGAGAGUCAAAUCUGAUGAAACCGAUGAAACGAACAGCUACCAAGUUCAAGAGGAGGUCAGCAAUUUCAAGGAAGCACCGUUUCAGAAACUUGAAGCCUCUGAAGCGUCCAUCCAUGUCCUUAGGGAAAGAGCAUGCACCUAUUGAGCAUUCUGAAGACACGGAAAAUUGCAAUUCCGAGGACCUACAAAGUUCAGAAUGUGACUUGAAUCGAGAAAGUGCAUAUAGUUCAAGAUCUGCAUCUCCAUUGCUGUCUAAGUAUGACAUUUUCUCCAACACCCCGAAGCACUUACGAAAUAUAAAGAAAGUGGAAUCUUCUGUUUCCUGUACACCUGUAUCAAUCAGUUCUCCCAAUAUAUAUGGACAGCGAAAUCCUAGUACAGUUGAGUCUUGGGAUGGAACAUCAGCUUCAGCGGAUGUGGAUUUAGACCCCUUAGAUUUACCAGCAAACCAAGGAUGUUGCUAUUGGUCAAGGUCACCUAAACACAGGAGCGUUGGAAGUUUCCAAUCUCCUUCACUUUCUGAAACUUUAAGGAGAAAAGGAAGUAGCAUUCUCUGUGGAAGCCGAACGGUUUACCAUAAGCAUCACUCGUCUAAGUCAAACAAGCAUAAGCUUGUCUCAAAGUCUGCCAAAGGUCUGCAGUUGUUGACUUACAGUUGUGAUGGCAGAGGAACAUCAUCUAUAUAUACGGAGGAAAGUGAUGGGGAUCUUUCAACUAACUUUGAGGAGCUUGACUUGGAGGCCUUGAGCCGGUUGGAUGGAAGGAGAUGGUCAUUACAUCGUAGAAGCCUUGAAGGUUUAGAGGAUGGAGCUCCAGAAGGAAACAAAGAGAGCAAGCCGGACCAUUUUCAAAGCUUGAGUGAAAAGUAUAGACCGACGUCUUUUCAUGAUUUAAUCGGGCAGAAGAUUGUGGUGCAGUCACUAAGUAAUUCAAUUUCAAGAGGAAGAAUUGCUCCAGUUUAUCUUUUCCAUGGACCUAAGGGAACAGGAAAAACAUCUGCAGCAAGGAUAUUCGCUGCUUCUUUGAAUUGCUUGGCUACUGAAGAAACUAAGCCAUGUGGAAUCUGUACGGAAUGCACUGAGUUCCUAUCUGGAAAAGGUAGGGACCUAAGAGAAGUGGUGGCCACCAAUAAGAAAGCUAUAGAUCGACUUAGGUACUUGAUGAAAACUCUAAUGAUGGCACCACCGUCGCAUUCUGCACGUUACACGGUCUUUAUUGUGGAAGAGUGUCACUUGUUACCUCCCAAAGCAUGGUCUUCACUUCUAAAGUUUCUUGAAGAACCGCCAGCACAUGUUGUUUUCAUAUUUAUAACAACUGAUGUUGAAAAUGUUCCACGCACACUACUUUCGCGGUGUCAGAAAUUCCUCUUUAACAAGAUCAAAGAUGCUGAUAUUUCAACUAGGUUGGAGAAGCUAUGCGCAAAGGAGAACCUUGAAUUUGAGUCAGAUGCUUUGGAUCUGAUCACCUUGAAUGCAGAUGGUUCACUUCGUGAUGCAGAAACUAUUCUCGAACAGUUGAGUUUGCUUGGGAAAAGAAUUGACACGUCUCUAGUAAAUGAACUUGUUGGCGUAGUGUCAGAUGAUAAAUUACUUGAUCUGUUGGAGUUGGCAAUGUCAUCAGAAACGGCUGAAACAGUGAGGAAAGCGAGACAAUUGAUGGAUUCAGGUGUUGAUCCGAUGUCAUUGACGUCUCAAUUAGCAGGCCUUAUUAUGGAUAUAAUUGCUGGAACUUACUGUAUGGUGGACUCAAAAGGCAGUGGUUCAUUCUUCGGUGGGCGAAGUUUGACUGAAGCAGAAGUCGAAAGAUUAAAGCAAUCUCUGAAGCUUCUAUCAGAUGCUGAAAAGCAGCUCAGGGUUUCAAGUGAGCGGCAGACAUGGUUCACAGCUGCCUUACUGCAACUAGGUUCUGUCCCAUCUCAAGAUCUUUCUCAUUCAAGCAGUUGUGGAAGACAGAGCUCUAAGUCAACAGAGGAAGCACAAACAAGCACUUCGAGAGAAUUUUCUGUGCAUAGAAAGAAGUGUGAUCAUCUACAGAAAUCUACAUCUUCUUCAACUUCAUUGUCUAAAACAGUUGAUGGUUAUUCGACCGUGUCCUGUAAUCAGCUCUUCGAAGGAGAUACAUCUGCUACCUCUCACAAUAGCAGUGUCUUCAGAUAUAUAAGGCCAGACAAGUUGGAUGAUAUCUGGGAGAGAUGUAUAGAUAAAUGCCACUCAAAGACGUUGAGACAGCUGCUUCAUGAGCAUGCAAAGCUUGUAUCAAUCUGUAAAAUCAAAGGUCUCAUGAUUGCUUCAAUCCAGUUUAACGACGAAGAUAUCAAGUCCAGAGCUGAGGGAUUUUUAAGUAGUAUCACAAAUUCAAUAGAAGUUGUUUUGAGACACAGUGUGGAAGUUAAAAUAGGACUAUUGGCAGAAGGGGAGGCUUCCAUAAACACAGGGAAACCCCUCAGUUUGCCAAACUCUUCAAUGGCAUUGCAGGAGACUGAAGCAAAUAAGAUGAAUACAGAAGAAGGGAAUUUCCGGUACAAGAGAAAUGGUCAUUCGCACCCAGACCUGUUACGGGAACUAGAUUUAUUAGCAAAAGAGUUUUCUAAUGGUUCCGAAAGUAAUUUUCCAAGUAGAGUUCUAGAACAGAUUAGACACUCUUCGUUUCAGGAAGACGGGAACCCUCGAAGACAUUACAUGAAAGGAAGGAAGCAAGAUACAACACCACAAAGAGUAGAAAACAUUAUUCAAGGGAGGAGGAUGGACAGUGCAUACUUAAAGAGUGCCGAGAGGGGAAAUACUGAAUCAUUUAGUAGGUUGAAACCAGAGAAGAAUCAAAUACUCCCGGAAGAUGGCAUCAGUGGCCAUAAUCAGGCAGUUAAAGUAGCAGUAGGGAUAUCUUCCCAAGAUUGGGAGACCGAGCUGCAUCAUGAACUUAGUGGUGGAAGGCAUUUCCUGAAGGAACAAGGUGGUCAAAGGUUUGAUCGUUGGCCCAUGUCUCCAAGCUUGUUGCAUGAUAACAGUAUUAACAAGUCAAAGAAAGAGAACCUGGGAUAUGAAUCAGGCAGCAGUGCUGGCGGUUGUAAUGCGUUUCGUUGCUGGAAAACAAGGAGACAUCACAACAGACGUAGUGAGCAGGCCAAGCCGGGAAGGGCAAAUCGUUCACAAGACGAGGCUGCAUCGUUUCGAAUGAACCUGAAGGAAAGCAGAUUAAGAAGAUGAAAGUCAUGGUGUUUAUACUCAGAAUUUAUCUGUAUAUUAUGUUUAGCAUCAAACCAUUCUUUAGAGAUAAAAUGGAAAACAGAAGUUUUGCAACUUUUGUUAUUACUCGUAGCAUUGUUGCGAAACUAAAUUCUUUUGUUAAUGAAACUGUUGAA